GAUGAAAAAGACAAGGUAAAUUUUAUUUAGAAUCAGCAAAUACUUUUAGCGAGUUCGGGUGUGUGUGUGUGUCCUUCCUCUGCUUUUGAGUCUCCACAACAUGGCGAAGGCCGGUGUGCAGCAGGAAGGUAGGAGGGAGAGGAGAGGAGUGCACGAGCGCGUUCCCCGAACAGUGGCAGCUUGAGUGGUUGAUGUCGGUGUCUCUCCCGUUCCCCUCGUGUUGAGGACAAAAUUAGGGUUAGAGGCUUGUUCCGCGGCCUGUGCGUGCCAAUACCGUGGAUACGUGAGUCCGGCCAUUCGACAUUCCUGAUAUGAUUUUGGCGAGACUGAUCGUACUCAUCACGGUCAGACAGACCCUUUCUCCGAGUCAUUACGAGGUGCAGUGUCAAGCUUAUCCUUUCUGAACGGAUCUUAUGUGCUCGGGUUGAGUUUUCACGCUUGCUGUUUGUCCGCGUCGUUGGGCUUGUCGAGGGCUUAGCAGCCAGCACCGUCAAGGGUGUGUUUUGCUCCUCCGCUGUACCGAUUCAGGUGCUACUCGCGUGGAGGAAUUUUCGCAUGCUGCCGUGCGGGCAAUUGUGACGCCAGGUGAGAGGAAUCUGAUGACCGAUAAUUUUUUUUUGUAUCUAGUUUCAAAUUAACAUUGUGAUUACUUCCUACUUUGUUUCUUCCCUCUUUUCACAAACUUGAAUUCGUUUAGACAUAAAAAUAAUACACAUUGCUUGCAUUUAUUCAACAUAUAAACGACUGUAUAUUCAAAAGUCUCUCAAAGGAGGACUAUAAACGGAUGAAAGGAAUACUACUGAGUGCGAAAGAGCGGUUGAGAAAUGAUAAAUUUAGAGGAUACCUCCGGCGGUCGCUUUUUGUUGGGAUCCUUUUUGCGCUUUUAGUAUUUCUUUGGCUAUACUACGCUGGUGACACAAGCUGAAUACCAAUUGAGUCAUCGUUGCUUCCCUGCAACGAAAGUCAGGAUAUAUUUGUUCGCUCCACAGGGCCUCGCGUGGUUAUCUUCAUUAUGAGUAAUAAAAUUGAUGAAAAUGCUUGCUAUUCUGUGGGCUCAGCCUAUCUAAGCGGGCUGCCUGUGGUGGUUGCCGGCUACAAGAUGCCGUUUCACAAACUUGCGUCCAAGAUUGACUUUAUGGAAGCGGCCAUCAAAAAUGCGGAGCUGCAUCCACAAGACGUGGUCAUUAUGUUGGACUCAGACACAAUCUUCACGGGUGCAGACCUUAAUCCGUUCCUGGAUCACUUCCUCGCGCAGUCUGCUGCGACUCCCGAAAAGCUGGACGCGGUGGCGGUGCGGCAGGGCCGCGCGAUGGCACCGUUCCUAGUUAGCGCUGAGGCUGGCUGCUGGGCACCAAAUUUAUUCUCAUCUUGGAUGGAUUGUCUACCAAGCUAUGAAGGUGUUUAUGAGAAGCUUCGGAAGUAUGCCGCGGAGCACCCAGCGCAUAAGAUCAGUCUGCCUUUUGAUCUAUCCCCGCAACGCCACCUAAACUCGGGGGUGGUGGUUGCCCGAGUGUGGGCAUAUAAGGAGUUUAUAGAGAAGGCUUUCAAUUUAACAAAUUCGAAAGCACCACCAUAUGUACGUAAAAUGGGAUGGUUCAGUAAUCAGUCCAUUAUUGCAGCACUCUACCUGGAUCUUAUCACAUGGGAGGUCGAGAGGGACGUCUUCUCGAUGCCAAUGGAUGAGCGGCAGGCUGCACGGUCCCCUUACGGUAUGCGUGCAGGGUUCAUUGGGCUAGACUUCGCGAAUUCGUUCUCAGGUACUGGUGAGGUAACUUUCCUAUACGUAUCUGAGAUACGUGUUGAGCACUGGAUGAAGUACCUGCCAAGGGCAGGAUCUGAGCACUCACAUUCACACAACAUGACGGAUUUCUGGGAUUUAGCCAGUUUUACAGAUAGCCUUUACCGGCGAGCAUACGCCGCACAUGGUGAGGCAAUUUUCACGAGGCUGGCGGUGCCUAGAUGGGUUGGCGGGAAGAGGGCUACCAAUAAGACUCAUAUCACCCUCACUCCGCCGCUGUGGGCGAUCAAACUGAGGCCCAUAAACACAGUCAACCACACGACCUGCAAUUCGUACCCAGCGAUUUGCCACACUCCAGGUAUUGUGAAAGGGUAUACGAAAUUGAUGCAAAUGGAAAAUGGUGCCGUUGUAGCGAGAUGGUUCUUGCCGAUAGUGCAUAACCGAAUGGCAAAGUGUCAGGCGAUGGAGUACCUGGCAUCUGUGCCGUUGUUUCUCUCAACGAAAAACUCCAUCAUUCGGGAUUCCUACGACGCUCAAUGUGGCUUUCCAUUUGAAAGAACGGUCCGAAAGGUGAGAGAUCUACGAGACAGCUUGCUUUUCUGA